AUUCAUAAAUAAUUUAUCAUGAAGUCAAUGUUUUUGACUAGAGUAUUAGAAUAGCAUCACCCAAUCAGCGAAUCCCUGACAAAGAGGUAGAGGGAGGGAAGUCUAAACUCUUUAUAUUCUUAACCUAUAAUAUUCAAUUUAUUCCACGUGUGUAAUAGUUAUGAUUAUGUUAAUAAUAAUAUAAUUUAGAAAUUAUGGCUUCAUAUCGUAUACAUAAUAUAAGAUUUUACACUCUGGAACCGAAAUCCGUGACUUGUUUGUGUCACGAACCAAAAACGAAAAAAUUAGCUCUUGCAAGGAACGAUAAUUCCAUAGAAAUCUGGAAUGUUGAAAAUGCGUCGUUUAUCGAAUGUACUAUAGCCGGUCACGGCGAGAAUUCAGUGGAAAGUAUACUCUGGAUUGGUCCCAGACUGUUCUCGACUGGAUUACAAGGUGCCCUGGUAGAAUAUGACUUAAUGACAUUGAGAAUCAAAUAUGAAGUUAUGGUGGUUGGAGGCGCAGCUUGGUGCAUGGAUGUGAAUCAUGAGAAAACUCACUUGGCUAUUGGCACAGAGGAUGGAUACAUCAAUACUUUCACUGUACAUAAGGAUAAAUUGAUUUUUGAAAAAAUAUUUGAUAAGCAGAAUGGAAGAAUUUUGUGCAUUAAAUGGGAUAAUACUGGCGAGAUGAUUUAUACAGGUUCCAUAGACACUAUUCGAGUAUGGAGUGCCAUAUCUGGACAUGCGAUUCAUAAAAUGACAACUUCCAGAUCUAAUGUCAGGAAAAGUACAAUAGUUUGGUGCCUUGCGGUCACUGAUGACAACAUAAUUAUUUCUGGUGACUCACAGGGCUUUUUAUGCUUUUGGGAUCCUCACAUGGGAGUAUUGAUAGAGUCUCAUGAAAGUCAUACAGCUGAUAUAUUAGCCAUCACUUUGUCACACGAUAUGAAUGUUGUAUAUUGCGCAGGCGUGGAUCCAGUUGUAAGGAGUUUUUGCAAGGUUAUUCAAAAAUCAAGUGGAAAGUUUCAAUGGGUAAAAGGAAUCGAGAGGAGAUUACAUAUUCAUGAUGUCAGAGCACUUGCAGAAGCCAAUGGAAAACUCUAUUCAGCUGGAGUAGACGGGUACCUCGCUGUAUCGAGUUAUCCACCAAAAGUUCUUGUAAAAUAUCCUCCAUUACUGCAAUCACCCUGUGCUAUAAUGUGUCGAAAAUCUAGAUGCAUUUUGUUGCGAUACAAAAAUUAUCUGGAGCUAUGGAGACUCGGUUCAAUUACUAAAGCCCCCGAAUUAGUACGCUCAUCUAUGUUACAUCAAUUGGAUGAAGAACCUAUGAAACUAUUACAAUUACAAACAAAGGGUGAUGAAAGCAUAAUCUCUUGUGCUAUUAAUAAAGAUUCCAAAACAAUCGUGUAUUCGACGGACACUCAUGUCAGAGUUUUCAACUUUGACGUGGUCGAGGGAGACGCCCAAUUGUCUAGAAAUGAUAUGGAUCUAUCUAUGAACCGAAUACAAAAGAUGCUGUUUAGUCCGAAUGGUAAAUUAUUCAUUACUAUUAACAAUGAUGGCAAUGAAAAUACCGUGACGCUAUUUAAAGUGGAUAAGAAGAGUUUGAGAUUAAUCGGUUCAUUCCACACGACAAACGAGUUAAUUACAAAUGUUGGUCAGGUCUGCUUCUCUCCGGACAGCAAAUAUCUCAUAUGCACAGACCGACAAUGCGGAAUCGCUGUGUAUUUUAUCGGCAAUGGUGUAACAGCAGAAUCUCUAAAGUCGUGGCGAUUACCUAAAUACAGUUGCCCAGCAACAGCAAUUGCUGUGCAAAAAGACACACUCAAUCUGGUCAUAGUAUAUUCUGAUCAUAAGAUCAUCGAAUACAAUAUUCCUACGAGACGGUACACAACGUUCUCCAAUAAUUUGCAAAAUUGUUUGCCAAAACACUGGUUAGCACGUCCAUUCCCGAUAACAAAUAUUAUAUUUGAUUCGCACAACGAGAAUAUUAUAAUCAUGCAGGAUGAUUCAAGCGUCUAUGUUAUCAAUAAAAAUAGCGAAUUGCCAGAAAAAGAAGCAAAGAUAGCAAAGCGUGAAAAUGGAGAGAUUACAGAAGACAGCAAUUCAAUCUCUAGCUUACAAUCUCAACAUGCAUUUCAAGUUGUCAAGAAGUACAAGCAUCUUGUGUAUUUAAAUUGGUUAAAUGAGGAAGAACUGAUUGCGGUUGAGGUGAAUCCAACUUCGUUAUUAGAGAAAUUACCACCUACACUAAAACAAAAAUUCUUUGGCGUGUAAAUAUGAAAUAAUCAUCUAAGAAUAUCAAGAAAUAGACGCCUUUCAAGAAAUAAAUGAUAUCAAGAGUAUUUUAUUAAUACUAAUAAAUAAAUAAAUUUCUCGUAUUAUA